AUGGACAGUAAUUUAAUUAAUUGGCUAAAAAAGUGUUCUGAAUCUAUAUUAGAUUCUCUGAUAAUAAUUUCAAGGAAUGAAAUAUUUAUAUCAAAAGAAAAUCUUAUUGAUUUUUGCAAAUCAAAAUGUUAUAAAAAAAUUGGAUUAGGUGAAGAUCAAUUUAGAUUAUUAAAAAAUGAAAUAUCAAUAUCAUUAGAAAAUCAUUUUAGAAAUGAAAAUGAAUUAAUAUUAUAUAAAUAUGAACCCGUUAAAGAAAUAAAUUUAAAAUUUGAAACAACAAUUAGAGAAUUGAUUGAAAAUAAUAUAAAAUUAAAUCAAAUGAGGUUUAUUAAAAAUAAUAAUGAAAAUAAUGAAAAUAAUAAUAAUAAUAAUAAUGAAAAUAAUAAUAAUAAUAAUGAAGUUAGAAUUGAUUUAAAUAAAUAUAUUCAAAAUGAAGAUUCAGAAAUUCAAAAACCAAAUAAUGAAAUUUUAGUUAUUGAAUUAAUACCAAGAAAAUGUGAUUCCUAUUUUUAUUAUGAAAUUCCAUUAAUAAUUGCAGGUUGUAUGACAGCAAAAGAAUAUUCAAAUUUUAUUAAAACAAUUAAUAGAGCCUAUAGUGGAUAUUGGAUAUUAUUUUUAAUUUAUUCUUCGUAUGCAAUUUCAAUUUUAGCCAUUGUAAUAACAAUACCAUAUUACAAAGCAUUUCCAAUUUGGUUAAUAUUUUUUGGUGCAAUGAUUUUAUUUUCAAUAUUUCUUUUAAUUUAUAGAUUAUUUUUAAGAUUUUUAUUUUAUUUUAUUUUUAUUUU